CCUAACCAGCUAAGAGCCAUUCCUAUAUAAACAAACGCGGCCAUAGAAGAAGCUAACCCUAUUUUCUUCAUUGUUCUUUGCUUGUAAACGUGAAUUCUUCGUCGUGAAUCAUUUGUUUUUCAGGUAGUUUACGAGUUUUUGAACCUCAAAAUUUAUGUCGUCGGACGAUGAAAGGGAGGAGGUAGAGUUGGAUCUCUCCUCUCCGGAUGUUGUUACGAAGUACAAAAAUGCUGCCGAGAUCAUAAACAAGGCAUUGCAGCUGGUGUUAUCCGAAUGUAAACCUAAAGCAAAAAUCGUUGACGUUUGCGAAAUAGGAGAUUCGUUUAUCAGAGAGCAAACUGGCAGCAUGUACAAGAAUGUUAAGAAGAAGAUAGAACGGGGCGUUGCCUUUCCAACUUGCAUCUCUGUAAACAACAUAGUCGGCCACUUUUCACCUCUGGCUAGCGAUCAAACAGUGAUGGAAGAAGGAGAUAUACUCAAAAUUGAUAUGGGCUGUCACAUUGAUGGGUUCAUCGCUGUAGCUGCUCAUACUCAUGUUCUGCAAGAAGGUCCAGUCACUGGAAGGGCUGCCGAUGUCAUUGCAGCGGCUAACACUGCUGCCGAAGUUGCCUUGAGACUUGUUCGGCCUGGAAAAAAGAAUAAAGAUGUAACAGAAGCCCUUCAAAAGGUCGCUGCUGCUUAUGAUUGCAAAAUUGUUGAAGGGGUGCUUAGCCACCAGUUGAAGCAAUUUGUGAUCGAUGGAAACAAGGUUGUUCUCAGUGUCUCAAAUCCAGAUACAAGAGUUGAUGAUGCAGAGUUUGAAGAGAAUGAAGUUUAUGCCAUAGAUAUCGUUACAAGCACAGGUGAAGGCAAGCCUAAGCUGGUCGAUGAGAAGCAGACAACCAUAUAUAAGAGAGCUGUGGACAAGAACUACCACUUGAAAAUGAAAGCAUCUAGGUUUAUUUUCAGUGAAAUAAGUCAGAAAUUCCCCAUUCUACCUUUCACUGCUAGGGCUUUGGAAGAGAAAAGAGGUAGGCUGGGACUAGUUGAAUGUGUUAAUCAUGAUCUAUUGCAACCAUAUCCCGUCCUCCAUGAAAAGCCUGGCGAUUACGUCGCCCACAUUAAAUUUACUGUCUUACUGAUGCCUAAUGGAUCGGACCGAAUUACGUCUCAUGCACUGCAAGAACUUCAAACUACAAAAACUAUUGAUGAUCCUGAAAUAAAGGCCUGGUUAGCACUUGGAACAAAGACUAAGAAGAAGGGUGGCGGGAAGAAGAAGAAAGGUAAGAAAGGCGACAACAAACCCGAUGAUUCAACCGUGGCUGAGCCAAUGGAUUCAACAACAAAUGUGGGUGCAUCACAGGAAUGAGGUAUUCCUUCGGGUCUGCUCUUUUCCCAUCCAUCACUUCAAUUUUGGCAUUGUUUUCUUCUUUUUUAAAAAUGUAUGUUGAUGAGGCGUCAUAUAGGUUUUUAGACAUCUAAGGAAUGGUGUGCUUAAUACUUCAUGUAUCAUCUACGUAUUUUUAUUGGCAACAAAGUACACUCUUUAGUUCAAUAAACAUGUCUUCACUUGUAAUAUUAUUCCAAAAGUUGGAUGGUCGAGCACCAUUUCUUCUAAAUCUUAUUACUAUAAACAACUUGUAUUUCUAUUAA